GUUAACGGUGAUGACUUGAACAAAUAAUUUCAUCUUUGUAACAAAAAUAGACGUCUUUUAAUUAACAUUACUUUUUUAAUUGUGAAGGUGAACAAAACAGCUCGUGUAAUUAUAAACUCGUAUUGUGACAGACUCUAAUGUAGUGUACGGUAUCGAGAAAUAUCGAAAAAAAAUAUCUUUUCACAAUGGAAGAAGCAAUGGAUGUAGAUUCUAAAGAGAAUUCUCUGAAAAAUCCGAAAUUUCAGAAAGAAAAUGUCUACAAUAAGCUACUUCCUUAUGCUGACGAAUUGGAGGUGGAAUCAGCACAGCUGUUCCAGGAUAUUAAGACCAAUUUGAUAAAAUCUGUUUUGGCUAGAGAAAUGAGACCUAGCUGUGCUUUAUGGACGUCCAGGCUGAUGAAGUACAUAAAAAUAUAUGGAAUGAAGUUUUCCAAGGAGGAUCAUAUAGCAUUGAUAAAAUUAUUUUACGAACUGGUCAUCAUUCCAGAUUUGGAACCAACUAGGAUCAAUAAAUGUGCUACCACAUUGAUUCAACUCUUGAAGAAGAAAUACCUUCUAACUAGAGAUGAUCUACAGUUGGAGUGGAGACCUCUGUAUGAUCUGUGUGUUAAUGUCAUGGAGAAGAGCAAGACGGAUAUAGGCAUGUACAGAUACCCUUCUAAUUUUGAAUUGACAUUAUUCCAUCUCAUUAGAUCUUGUAAAGUAUACUUCCCAGCAUCUGUCACUCAAGAAAUUCUGGAUGAAUUCCGACCAAAAAUGUGCAUUUUUAAUCACAGCGAGAUAGCCAAUACUAUAAAAUUUUUAGAAAUAUUUUUACCCAAUAGUACGAAGCCAGAAGAAGCAGAUAUAAGUUAUAGGUUGUGGUUUGAGGAACUGAUGAACUUGUGGGAUUCUUGUCAAGAUGACAGUUCAUGGGAGAAUAAUAUUAUGUGGAUAAUGACAGGUCUGGCUAGAUUCCAGAUAGGACAAAUAGACUGGCAGCCUUACAUACCAAAAAUGUUUGUCAGAUUCCAGAGAACCUUCCAAUUGCCUGUAGCUUUCAAACAAAGGCAUCAAGGAAGGAAUCACAAAAUGGAUAUCUCAGCUAUUGCUUUAUGGAUAGUUUGCAUAUUGAAUGGCGACAAAAAUGAUGCCUUUUUCCAUUUUGAAAAAUUUAUGCAGUGCCUAGAAUCAUAUUUUUAUCCAGCUAACACAGGAAGGUGGACAACAAAACUGAGGGAGCUACUCCGAACUCUUUCAUUUUAUAUGAUCCAGCGGGUUCAUUGCGAACGCUACAAGGCGCCCUCUUGGGAAUUCCACGUUCCGGAUCAUUUCAAACUUACAGAUGCUGAUUUAGAUAGAUUCGUCAACAUCCUGAAGCCUUGUAUUGAACAAGCUCUAUAUAACAGAAUUGGUCUGCAAGAUACUAGUUUGACUCUACAAUACCUGUCGUGUUUAAGACCGAACAUUAUAAUUCCUAUGACGUUAGAAAAACUUUAUUCAUCGAUGAAUAGCCUGACCGAACCCCAUAAGCUGACGUCUUCAAUGAUGGCUGUGAUCGCAUGUGGAAGAUAUAUGGUCCAGGGGAGCCGGAAUAACUAUCCCGAAGGCCCAACCCACGUCAUUCCCUUACUGAUGGAGCUGCUUCCGGGUAUCGAUCCCAACGAUAUCCGCAAAUCGUAUGUCACGUUCAAUUUCAUCGUACACUUCGUCAAUAUGAUCCCGCUGAUCGAUUCGUCGGGCGCGAGCGCUUACCACGAUUUAACCGAAGAGGAGCACGUAGUUUGCGAGGCGACUGCCAACUUCGAGGACUUCGUCCUGCAGUUUUUUGACAAGCUGUGCGUCUGGAUGGAGUCGAACAGUUUGGAGUUCAUCCGCAUGGAGCAGAUCACGAAUAACGAGAGCGCUAGGAACAGAAUUGAGACCAUUUCUGAAAGCGCGUUGGGGUCUGUCAUUGGUGUCGUUUUGAACCAGUGUUCGCCUGAUAUUUUUAAGAGUGCCCUGAAAAAAAUCUACAAUUUCGUAACUAGUAAAAUCAUGGAAGUUCACGUUUCUGGUAAAAUGUUGGCGAUCUGUUGUCAUUGUUUCGCUAAAGUCAACCCCAAGGAAACACUGAAGCUGUUUUUGCCGUACCUCUGUGAUAGAAUUGAAGAAUUGCUUAACGAAAACCCUAAUAUCGUCAAGGAGGAACAUAUCGACGAUGAGCUUUUGUACAAUCUUCUUAUGCUCUCUGAACUGGUGGAUGGUCGUUCUGAAAUUUUGAUCUAUCUAGACAAACUAACGAAUAUUUUGGACAAAACUUUGCAUAUGACGUGUCAAAGUGCUAGCCAAUUGUCCGCUAGGAUGUUGGAGCUCAUGAUGUCUUCUUUGACCAACAUCCAGCCUACGGAAAUACGAAGUAGCGCCGUUGAUUACUCCACACCUAUCAAAGACUUUUUGUCUAUUAGAGAAUGGGGUAAAGCACAACAAAUAAAGGACCUAAAAAUCUCAUGGUACGUGCCGGGUACCCAGGAAGUGGCUGCUGUCCAGAACCUCCUCGAAAGAUACCUAUUACCUGAGCUACAGAGGCUGGAAAAAAUUUCCAGUGCCGAGGAAACUAUAACUAGAUUAGAGUUGAAGCAAUCUCUGAAGAUUGUCACGUCGAUUUUGUCGUGCCAGCCGCUGUUGCCGAUGUGGGAAGAAGAGGUGUAUCCGCUAGUCGAGUCUGUUCUUGAGCCGUGGACGUUCAAUUUGAAGGUGUGUGGUAGCGGGGUAGUGACGAUGCCAGAUGGUUCGAACGUAAGGAAAGCUAUCGUUACGGUGUUGCAUAAAUUACAGAAAGCGCUGCUGGACAUGGACGAAGGCGAUACACAGAGCAUACAACAUAUAAUAAAUAUCUACAAUAUUUUGUUAUUCAACAAAACCCGCGGGCAAGACUUUGAAUUCCACUGGAAGAGCUUCCACAUGACCAAAAAACUAUUGGAAGACCGUUUGCUCCAAAAAAAGCUCCAUCUGCGGCACGUUUUAGUCGACAGGGUGAUGCUGCAGCAGGAAUUCCGCAUAGAAAGCCGCAAUUGUUCAUUCACCGGCACCCACCGCAUGAUAUUACUGGACCUAUUCGAGUUGAGCACCUCUAGAUACAGUGAAGUUAGAAUAGCGGCCCAAAACAAAUUGUUCUCUGUAGUGUCCUAUUUUCCAUAUUCCUAUUCUGUUUUGACUGAAAGAAUCAAAGAUAUUCUCAAGAUGGAUUCUGAGAAAAACCAUGAAAGGUUCAAAGGCUGUUUGUACAUUUUAUUGGGACCAAAAAGUGCUCCGAUCAUCGCCAGGCACGAUUGGAAGUUCAUUGAGCAGAUUUGGCCCCUAGUUGUCAAAUCUAUGCCGUCUGAGAAGCCUUCCAUCAUCGCCUUGAUAAUGGCGUUGAAUGAUACAAUCGACAAAUGCUUUCCUACCAUAGCAAUAAACCUAGUAAUACCGCAAUCUGUGUUAACCGCUGCUUAUAAUUUCGCAAAAAACGAGCCGGUGUGCGACAUGGAUCGAUUCAAGGCAUUGGAGGCCAACGGAGAGGCGUAUCUGAAGAGAAAAAGCGAAGAAAGGAGAUCGGCGUAUGACGGAACGAUGAAUUCGCUGAUGGAUUCCUUAGAAUCCGGAUCGCUUCACUGGCGUUACCACCAGAUGGCGAUAAACUUCAUCAAGGAUCUAGUUCACAUGGACGUGAAGUACACUCCGCGUAUCGUGAGAUUCUUCCUGAAAUCCUUGAUAGACGAUUCGUUGUUGGUGAGAAAGUCGUCGCUGAAAAUUCUUGUGUUCCUUUUGCUACAGAACAAAGCUAAAUAUGCUAAGACUAUCGUAGAUCCUUUUUCGUUUUCGAAGCAAUCUGUGAUUAAUCGUGAUGUUAAACCUGGUGUAAGAGAGGACAAUAAAUGGUUGAUAUAUAGUGAUAAGAAUAUUCCGAAGAAUGUUGAACAGUGGGAGGAAAGAAGGUAUAUCCACGACCAAUAUACAGGGUACUACUGUUGGCCUAAAACCUUGGAAUUAUACGAUCCACCUUCCACGCAACAAACGGCCGCAAAGAGGUUAGACGAUCUGACGGAGAUAGAGAAGGAUAUUUAUACGUUUUUUAACAAUAAAGAAAAUAUAGAAAAGCUGAUUAAGUUUCUAUCGUUAGAGGAAAAGAAGGGACGGGAUCAUUUCAACGCCUACAGGUUUCUGGCUUUUAAGAAUUUAUUUAAGAUAUUCGAAGACGCUCUCUUACCGAAUUUCGUGCCUCACCUACAACGACUCGUCGAAGACAAACUCGAGUCCAGUAACCGUUGUGCCGCUGAAAUCAUCAGCGGACUAAUCAGAGGGUCCAAGCACUGGGAGUACAAUAAAAUAGUGAACUUGUGGUCGACCAUUUUGCCUCUAUUAGAAAGAGCCAUCGUUAAUGUUUCGACGGAAACUCAAACUGACUGGGCGCUCUGCAUUACCAUGGGACUGGAAUCGAGGGACCCCAACAGGCAUCAUUGGCUGCUGGAGUAUCUCUUACAGGAUCCCUUCAGAGACCCUACGAUCCUAGUAACCUGCACUCGCCUGCAAUUGCUGUUUGUCGCCUUAAGCCAACAAUCGUGGCGCAAUUAUGAGAUUUCCGGACGUUUGCUGGAAUAUCUCCGGCCUCAUCUCACCCACCCGUUCAAGAAUAUUCGGGAAAGGAUCUCCAGCUUGUUAGUCAUCGUUUUUGCUAACUCGAGACAUCAGGUGCACGAUGCUGAUGGAGACGAGAUGACGAGUGUCAGGAACCUAUUCGCAUACCUAGAACCAAAGAUGAAAGAACUGUUAGAAAUAUCGUUAGCAAAAAUGGAUGACGACAAAAGAGAUAAAGACCAAGAAUCAAAUGCCAAAAACGAAGAAAAAGAAUCCCUUAUUAGAUUGUUUAAGAUAGUUUCCAAAUUCGUGAUGACCUACAUGGUGCGAUCUAACCAUUCUGCGCGUAAAGAGUUCCUCGAGCUGAUCCCGUUAGCGGCGCUGUUCCAAAACAACGAAGUCGACGAGGAGUUGGCAACGUUGUCGACCAAUCUGCUGGUUAUACUUUCCGAAACGGGUACCUCGCUAACAGACAUUCCCGACGCCAUAGGCGUCAUCAAGAAAGUCGCUGGGUCGCCUUCCUGGUCGGCGAGAGCGGUUAUAGCUGAGUUUUUGCCUAUUUAUAUAUUCUACAAUAUGGCCGCUAUCAAUUCUAGGAAAGAAUGGGUGCUGGAGAUUCAAUCAAUAGUAUUAGAAUUAUUAGAAGAUCCUCAACACGAAGUUAGAGUCCAAGCAGCGAAAGAUUUGAGCGGACUUUUGCACUGCCAGUUCAUUCCAGAUCCCACUCAAUUACUAACCCAAUUCAAGCAGAAGGCGAGGUACAAGCACAAAAAGAAAGCUACUCCGUCGACCAGCAAUAACAACAUCAAAGAAAAACACGCCGCCGUGUUAGGAUUGUGUGCCUUCAUAGAAUCUCACCCCUACGACGUACCUGAUUAUCUGCCGGAAAUUUUCGAGCAUCUCAGACCUCAUCUCAGUGAUCCUCAGCCCAUUCCAGCAACCAUUCGCAAAACUUUAGGAGAUUUUAAAAGAACUCACCACAAUAAUUGGGAAACUCACAAAUUGAAAUUUACAGAAGAAGAGCUGUGUCUAUUAAGCGAUCUUACCGUGCCUCCAAGUUACUACGUGUAAGCCACGUGUAGUCACCCUUAGGAAAUUAUUUUAAUAAUUGAUCUUUUGCGCUGAAGAACCUUGACAAACCAUGCCGAUAUUGACGAGAUUUUCCUUAUGGUAAAAUAUCUUGAAAAAUUUCUCAAAUCAGAUCAAAUAUAUAUUGUCCCGAUUUUACAGCGAUUUCUAACCUGUUUGUUAGAAAAAACAUGUUUUUAUGAAAAGUCCUAUACAAAAAUAUCUUUGUAUAAAUCAGUUCGCCUGCAAUUUUUUCUUUAAUUGCUAUCAUAAUUGCACUUUUCAUCAUCGCUUAUCAUACGGAGAAUCUCACUCUUUUAAACUUUAUGAUAAUUUUUAUUGAUAGAUAAGAAAAAGGAUUCUUGUUGGAGGUACCGGAUAAAAUUCUACAUAGAGAAUGCUCGUAGAAUCGGGAAAAUAAGUAUUAUUGUACAAAUAUUCCUGUUUUUGUAUCUAUUUUAUUCAUUUUAUCUGUGAGGUUCUUCGGCGCAUUAUCGGUACACAAGACAGGUUUAAGGUUUUUGUAAUAUUAAGAAAAAUGGAAUUUAUUGUAUUGUUUUAAUAUAUCUUUUUCAUGUA